CAAAUUCAAAGCAAAGAUUUCAAACACAGAAGUCACAAGAUAAGAUAUUUUAACUUAUGGAUGGCGUCAGCAGUGGAUUGAGCCUGUUUGUCAUGAUGUAAAAUUGCUGUUUUUCUCUAUGGACUUUGGUGCAUGGACUCAAACUUUAAUUUCUAAGGAUGAGAAAAAGUAGCAAACUUAAAUUCCUAAGACAUUGUGCACUUUAUUAGCUGAGCCUUUUGUUAAGUAGUUUCCCUCUGUCCCUGCUGAUAGCCAUGUCAUCAGCAACAUUUCACCCCAACCUGUCCAGGCACGUGACUACACAUAUCUGAAAAGUCAUUUUUCUGUAUAAAAUACCUUGCCACAAUAUAUGAUGUGAUUUUUGAAUCUGAUUGGAUCCAUUUCCACCAUUCUGCUUGUCAUUCAUGAGAUUGAGUGGAGUUUCUUGGUGCUGUGAGAAGAAGAAGAGGAGGAGGAGGAGGAGGAGGGGCUGGAGCUCUCCAGUCUUGCACCUCACGCUGUGAAUUAUUCACUUGCAUGCUCCAACCACACCAGCCAGUCUACCAGUGCAGCCUGACAGUGCGAUUGGCAGCAGCACACGGAGUAACAGCCUGUUAGACACAAUAUUUCUCCCCCUCUCUCUCUCUCGCUCUCUCCCUGGACGUCAUGAGGUGAGGAUGGUGUGAUCCCCACUUGUGCAGGCUUCAUUCCCGGUAUGGACAUUUGGCUCCGGGAUACCAAAGAGCAGCAGCAGCAGCAGCAGCAGCAGCAGCAGCAUCCCAUGAUGGACCUGCUUUCCACCAUUCAUCUGCAUUGACAAGUGAUGGGGCAUCUAUUUAUACACACUCUGUGCAUCCAGCCUCAUCGUUUCCCUCUGUGAUUAUGUCUGUCUUGCAUCUCCAUCUCCUCUACACAUAGAUUGUGUUUUUAACAGCAGCAGCAGCAGCAGCAGCAGCAUCCUCCUCUUCUAAAAACAAAAGCAUCACAGCAGUUGUGAAAUGCCUCCCCAGUGAUGGCUGCUCAUGUCGUCCUGAAAACCACCAGGAUCGCGGGGUGAACCGACAUGGAUAGUGGGAGCCGGGCUGCGACGGUCGCGGACGGCGCAGCCAAUUACACAGCAGCAUCAGCAGCAGCAUCAGCAUCAGCAGCCGCCGCCGGCAACCUCUGGCUGGAUCUCCUGAACGCGUCGAGCGCGCCGACCCGGUGGGACAGCAUCAGCAUCAACAGCAGUCCGCCUGCAGAGGUGACCGGGCUGGAGCAGCAGCUGCAGCCGCAGCAGCAGAGCUUCAUCCCGGAGCAAGCGUACCGGGACUUCACCACCACCAUCCAGGUCUUCAUCCUCAUUGGUUCCCUGCUCGGAAAUGCCACGGUGCUGUGGUGCACCUGCCGCACAAAUGUCUUCAAGUCCGUGACCAACCGCUUCAUCAAGAACCUGGCGUGCUCAGGCAUCUGCGCCGGCCUGGUGUGCGUGCCCUUCGACGUGGCGCUGGGGGCGAGCCCGCGCUGCUGCUGGUGGCUUCACACGCUGCUGCUCUGCAAGGUCAUCAAGUUCCUGCACAAGCUCUUCUGCUCGGCCACCGUGCUCAGCUUCAGCGCCAUCGCGCUCGACAGAUACUACUCUGUGCUGUACCCGCUGGAGAGGAAGAUCUCAGAUGCUCGUUCCAGAGACCUGGUCAUCUACAUCUGGGUCCAUGCGGUGGUGGCGAGCCUCCCCGUGUUCGCCGUGACCAACGUGACCGACGUGUACGUCACCUCGUCCUGCUCCGACGACCCCGCGCGCUCCCUGGGCCACAUGGCGUACGUGUUGAUCUACAACGUCACCACGGUGGUCCUCCCGCUCGCCCUGGUCUUCCUCUUCAUGCUGCUGAUCCGCAGAGCACUCAGCGCCAGCCAGAAGAAGAAGGUGAUCAUCGCGGCGCUGCGCACGCCGCAGAACAGCAUCUCCAUCCCGUACGUGUCCCAGCGGGAGGCCGAGCUGCACGCCACGCUGCUGGCGGUGGUGCUGGCCUUCUCCGCCUGCAGCGCCCCCUAUGGGGCGUUGGUGGUGUAUCGCACCAUCUUGGCGGACACCAAGGAGCUGCCUGUGACGCUGUAUCUCACCGCACUCUGGCUCCCCAAAGUGUCUCUGCUCACGAACCCACUUCUGUUUUUGACUGUCAACCGCUCGGCACGUCACAGCUGGAUGGACCUGCUCGCUAGGAUUCACAGACGCUAUAGCCGCCGCAACGUGGUCAGCACCGGGGGUUUGGCCUCUUUGGGACCGGAUGGGGUGAUCGGGGAGCCGGUGGGACUGGAGACCGCCGGCCGCUCUGGGAGCCAACUUCUAGAGAUGUUCAAUAUUGGCCAGCAACAAAUCUUCAGACCCUCUGAAGAGGAGGAGGAUGCAGAGAACGAGGGUCAAGGAUCAGGAACAAAGGAGGACCUCAAAGCCGGGUCGAGGCUGGGGAGCCUCAGAGGGGAGGUGAUCACCAAGAAGGACUCCCUGCAGAGCACGGCGGGAGGGCUGGUCAUCACCAAAGACGGUCCUCCUGCGAUCCUAGCACCUCGGGCCUCUCCGGUUCACACGUGCGCUUACGCCUCUUCAUCACAGGUGGCACCAGCUACACCGACAGAAGUCGAGGACUCUCCGCAGUUUGGGUUCGGGCCCUUUGAGCUUCCCCCUCAGUGGUUACCCGAGACCAGGAACAGCAAGAAGAGGCUACUGCCGCCGCUGGGUAACACACCCGAGGAGCUGAUCCAGACCAAGCUGCCCAGGCCGAGGCCCGAGCGGAGAAUCAGCAGGAACAAUAAGGUCAGCACCAUUCCCACUGUGGAUCAGUGACGUACUCCUUCUUGGCCUUUGCGGGGGUGGGGGGAAUUGAAGUGUCAAAUCGCUCUUUGACAAUCAUGGAUUCUUUUCGAUUUAUCAAAAACCUUUUCCUCUCUUUUUGUGAUUUUCUCAGACAGUAAUCAUUUUAGAGGUCAAGGUUUUAGACGUCUCGCUGACGAGGCGCCCGAGGCUCUGCAGGUUCUCUCGUUGGACAAAAACCUAUUUGAUACCAAGCGUUGACUGUGCUGUGAGUUAUGUAUUUGUUCAGUCUGACUUCACUGCCACUCGGGCUGACCCAGUUCCAUAAAUAAAAAAAAGGACUUCUCUUCUCCAGUGACUAAAUGAUCGGCAGGACGCAGAUACCGCUUUUCAAUUUCCCCGUUGUGAUUGGCGCCGGCACGACCUGUGAAAUGAAGACGCAGAACAAAAUGUCCUGGAUAAUCUAUCAAAGCAAUUAAUGACGUGAGGACAUAGACUCUUUGAUCCAAACUUUUUGUAACAUGACUUGGUCCUGAUUGCACUCUGUAAGCACACCUCAGUGUCCGAGUUUUUACGACUUCAAUAUUUGGCAUCAAUUCGACUCUUGCGGCCUGUUUUUCGCUCAUGCUCCCCGUCUGUUUUUGGGUCUGUGUGCAUUUUGUGCUGGAUGUCGUUGUCAUUUGUAUUUCACGUGUGAGUGGAUUUGAUGGAGAUGCAGAUGUACGUUAUGCAAAUACAAUGUGACAUUUAAAAACAUGUUUUCUGGAAGCUGAAAAGAAAAAAAUGUUCAGAGUAAGAAAGUAGAAUUUUCCAGGUCAGGGAUCUUUUAUUGUCCUUGUGGUCAAUUCCAUUGAUUUUUCACUUCUUCCUGGAAAUCAUUUGCUCAUGCUGUUUGUAAAAUAAAGCAAACGAAACACAGUAA